GCAGACACAGAACGCUUACAAAACGCGCAUUAGCAGUGCGAUUGGCGCAAAGAUCUCAAACUACGAUGAUCUUCGUCGUCGCUUGAUAACAAUGUUGGUGACGGCUCUGUCCGUCUCGAAUCCAAGCAAUGGAGCCAUUCCAAGUGCGCCUCAACUGCGUGGAUCACUAUCAAGCGGUCCCGUCGGACUUCGACCCUCCGCUGCCUUACAGGGAUCCGGCUUCGGGCAAAUAUGAUAAGUCGAAAGUCCCUAUUAUAAGGGUAUUUGGUGCAACGGAGACUGGCCAGAAAGUAUGCGUUCAUGUACAUGGCGCAUACCCUUAUCUCUAUGUGGAGUAUGAAGGCGACCUAGAAGAAGAGAAAGUGAGUGCCGCCACCAGGCAUCUUCAACUCGCCAUCGACCGCGCUCUAGCAGUGAGUUAUAACCGCAACGCUAACGACAAUAAACUCGCCUUCGUCGCACAUAUCACCUUGGUCAAAGGAGUGCCUUUCUACGGCUACCACGUGGGCUACAAGUUCUACUUCAAGAUUUACUUGACAAACCCAAUCUACAUGACUAGACUGGCAGACUUGCUGCUCCAGGGUCUGGUAUUGAAACGGUCCGUCCAGCCGUACGAGAGUCACUUGCAAUACAUUCCUCAGUGGAUGUGCGAUUACAGUUUGUACGGAUGCGCAUAUUUGAUAUGUCGUAACGUCAAGUUUCGCAUGCCAGUGCCGGACUACCUCGAGCUCACUAACCUGUCUCACCGCUGGCAUGAUCGUUCCAUCCGCCCUGAAGAUUUGUCAGACCCGUCGGAGCUACCUAAGCAGAGCCACUGCCCCUUGGAAGCCGACAUCUGCGUCCAGGACAUCAUGAACCGCUCUGACAUCAGUGAAAGGUCCAUCCAUCACGACUUCACCGAAUAUUUGAAGCCGAUGGCUUCGGAUCAGCGACUCGUACCGAGUAUGGCGGGCCUUUGGCAGGAUGAAGAGCGCAGACGGAAGAAACGUCUCGGGCUCCAGCCAGGCAGUAGCCCCUUUGUUGCCGAGGAGCUAGUUUCCUUAUCGGUCGAUCCCAGGAAUACCUCACAAGCGGGCUGGAUUCAUGAGGACGAGUACCGGGAGAUGGCAAUGCACACGAUCAACGAGGAAAAGAGCCACUACGAUGGCGGUGAUGUUAGUCUCGAUAAUUUUCUAACAGAGAACCCCCUCGCAAAGAAUGUAAAGACAGCGCUUCAGAGCGUCGAGGACUUCUAUCCUGGCAAAGAAGAGCUCACCAGACUCGACUUUCGUAAUGACAACGAUUUACAGCCGCCAGAAGAGGCGGGUGCCAGUAUCGAUGAGGAGGUAGCUCCUCCUGCCGAUCUAAAUGAGCAGCCGUACAUCUCGGAAGAUGAUAAUAGUUCCAGCGUCCUCUUUGAUACUGAACCUGAAUCUAGGGUAUUUGAUCCGUAUGAAGAUGGGGAUGCUCAAGAAGACUUUCUUGAUGCAGGAUCAAUUGACUUGUAUGAACAUACCGAAUUAGAGCACGUUCAUGCUAUGGAGCCUGCCGAAGGACCCUCACAUAGCGGCGCCCGAAGCAUAAAGCGCUCAUUAGAUCAGACGCCCAACCAUGAACGCUCGUACAAGCGUCAACGAUUCUUCGAAGAUGCUCUGUCGCAACAGUUGGAAAGUCCGACAAAGCAGGCCCUAAGGCGGCAAGCAGCUCAGCCUAAGACUGACAGUUCUGAUGUUGAAGACAUGUUGGAUGAGCUAUACGAAUUCGUGGACCAUCUGCCUUCACAGGAGGCAUCAUCACAGUCCACUGUCCGUCCCGCUAAAACGCAGAACAGGAGGAUAAGCUUCCCUGUCGUCAAAGACCCCAACGACCCUAUGACGGUACUACGAUUUAGUCAAGAUGGCAGCCUUUCGUCCAAAGAGCCAAGGGCAUCUGACGAGGUCAAUGCCAUCGAGCUCAAUGCCAAAGCUUCCACGGAGACGAGCUUCAACGGAUUUUCAUCACAAUUGCAGUCAUCGCAAAUUCAGUCACCAGCUACUGAGACUAGGUCCGAUUACGCAAAUACCCUGGACUCGGGGAUGGCGGAGAGUAUCUACGACAACUUCAAUAUAUCAAGGAAUUCUCGUAUUGGCUUGUGGCGGCGAGCCUGUCCUAGCUCUAGCGAAGUCUCCUCGGCCCUUACUCAUUUUGGAUAUCCACCUGUCAUCUAUCAAAAAGCUCAUUACAGCAAUGAGAGCGAUGUCCCCGACCGACCAAGGGACUACGCAGGCAGAGAAUUCCGCUUGGGAGGAACUGGUAUACAUCAUCUACCUGAUUUUGAUCCUCUAGGGCGCUCUACGGCAAUGCUAGGCGAGGAUCAAGCCGUGCCGAAGGACAAGCGCGCUCAGGAGAAAAGCGACCGACUGCUGCGCGAAACGUGCACGUUGAGAGAAUGGGAAUUCGCCCCUAUGCCGCCCAGUCGCUCGGAGGUUAUAGAGUGGUUUGAGCAAACCCAGGCAGAGGCCAAGAAAGACUCGGGGAAACCGCAGGCUCUACCAGUUCAACCGAAUGUUAUGUCUCAAAUCGAAGGGCCCACGCAGAAGAACGUUUACGGGUUCAAAUACUCGCAAAAAAGCAAAUCCACCAGCGUGGAGCAUCAGACGCAGUAUAUGAGUAUGAUGAGUCUUGAGGUGCAUGUGAACACUCGCGGGGCGCUGGCGCCAAAUCCCGAGGAAGAUGAGAUCAGUUGCGUUUUUUGGUGUUUGAACUCGGUUGAUGAAGAUGUUGACGCGAACGGUACCUUACCAGGUGUUCAUGUUGGUAUGAUCUCUCAGGGCGAAGAAGACAGGCCGGAUACGAAGCUUUCCAAGGCACUACGAGUUGAGUGGGAUCAUGAAAUCUCCGAACUCGACUUGAUCAAUCGGGUCGUGGACAUUGUCCGGUACCAUGAUCCAGACAUAAUCACUGGCUACGAGGUUCACAACAGCUCGUGGGGCUACAUUAUUGAGCGAGCCAGAAAGAAGUACGAGUUUGAGAUUUGCGAUGAAUUGUCCCGCGUAAUCUCACAAGCUCAUGGAAGAUUUGGCAAAGAUGCUGAUAAGUGGGGGUUCAACCACACGUCUUCGAUUCGGGUCACUGGGCGACACAUGAUUAAUAUAUGGCGAGCCAUGAGGAGCGAGUUGAAUCUCCUACAAUACACCAUGGAAAAUGUUGCGUUCCACUUGCUGCAUCGCCGCAUUCCACACUAUUCGUUCAGUGAUCUGACAGCAUGGUAUCAGAGCGGCAAGCCGCGCGAUUUGAUGAAAGUGAUCGACUACUUCCUCUCACGCGUUCAGAUGGACCUGGAAAUACUCGACUCCAAUGAACUAAUCGCUAGGACUAGCGAGCAAGCGCGAUUGCUAGGCAUUGAUUUCUACUCUGUCUUCUCUCGAGGCUCGCAGUUCAAAGUCGAGUCUCUGAUGUUCCGCAUCGCAAAGGCCGAGAACUUCAUGCUCGUGUCCCCCAGCAGAAAGCAAGUCGGUCAGCAGAAUGCUCUUGAAUGCUUGCCACUAGUCAUGGAGCCACAGAGUGAUUUCUACACAAGCCCUCUCAUCGUGCUGGAUUUCCAGUCAUUGUAUCCCAGCAUCAUGAUCGCAUACAAUUACUGCUACUCCACGUUCCUGGGGCGGGCACGGCAGUGGCGAGGCCGCAACAAAAUGGGAUUCAUGGACUACGAACGCCAGCCCCAGCUUCUCGAACUCCUCAAGGACAAGAUCAACAUCGCGCCCAACGGCAUGAUCUACGCCAAGCCCGAAGUGCGCAAGUCCCUUCUGGCGCGCAUGCUCGCCGAGAUUUUAGAGACGCGUGUCAUGGUCAAGACGGGGAUGAAAGCCGACAAGGACGACAAACCGCUGCAGCGACUGCUCAACAACCGGCAACUGGCUCUCAAACUCAUCGCAAACGUCACGUACGGCUACACCUCGGCCUCGUUCUCGGGCCGCAUGCCGUGCUCCGAGAUCGCGGACAGCAUCGUCCAAUCCGGCCGCGAGACGCUCGAGAAGGCCAUCGCCUUCAUCCACUCGAUCGAACGCUGGGGCGCGGAGGUCGUCUACGGCGACACGGACAGUCUUUUCGUGUACCUUAAGGGCCGCACGCGGGACCAAGCGUUCACGAUCGGCGAGGAGAUCGCGCAGGCAGUGACGAAGAUCAACCCGCAUCCCGUGAAGCUCAAGUUCGAGAAAGUCUAUCACCCGUGCGUGCUGCUAGCGAAGAAGCGAUACGUGGGGUUUAAGUACGAGCACCGCGAGCAGACGGAGCCCGACUUCGACGCCAAGGGCAUCGAGACGGUGCGGCGCGACGGCACACCGGCGGAGCAGAAGAUCGAGGAGAAGGCGCUGAAGCUGCUCUUCCGCACGGCGGACCUCAGCCAGGUGAAGGCCUACUUCCAGGCGCAGUGCACCAAGAUCAUGCAGGGCCGCGUGUCGGUGCAGGACUUCUGCUUCGCGCGCGAGGUCAAGCUCGGCACCUACAGCGACCGCGGGCUCCCGCCGCCCGGCGCCCUGCUCAGCGCCCGCCGCAUGGCCGCCGACCCGCGCGCCGAGCCGCAGUACGGCGAGCGCGUCCCCUACGUCGUCGUCGCCGGUGCCCCCGGCAGCCGCCUGAUCGACCGCUGCGUCGCCCCAGACACCCUCCUCCACGACGCCACCCUCGACCUCGACGCCGACUACUACAUCACCAAGAACCUCAUCCCGCCACUUGAGCGCAUCUUCAACCUUGUCGGCGCCAACGUCCGCCAAUGGUACGACGAGAUGCCCAAGGUCCAGCGCAUGCGCCGUCUCGUCGAGGGGCACCACCACAAGCCAGGCAAUACCACCAACACUACCACCAUCACCAACCGAACCGGCCUGCGCAAAACCCUGGAAUCCUACCUCAAGUCCUCCGUCUGCAUGGUCUGUAAAUCCCGGCUCGACGACCACCCUGAGGCGGCAGCGAGCGGCGCUUCCUCCGCCCCGCUCUGCGCUGAGUGUCUACGCCACCCGCACCUGCCCCUAUUCGACCUGGUCUCGCGCCAGCGCCAGGCCGAGAAGAAGGUGGCUGAGCUGGAGCGCAUCUGCCGGUCUUGCAUGGGCGUCGCGUUCGGCGAGGAGGUGCGCUGCGACAGCAAGGAUUGUCCUGUGUUCUACUCGCGGACCAGGGCCGUCGCCAGUUGGCGGCAUACGAAGGCGGCAUUGGAUCCUGUUAUUCGCUUGCUUCAGGAUACUACUAUCUCCGGGGAGAGCGCGUUGGAUUGGUAGUUACCUUUUUCUUUUUCU